UGCGUACUUGGUUAGGGUCCCUAGACUCAUAGCUUUCGGUCUCUUAUAUCUUGACUGAUAUCCUCAUAACUCUCAAUCCCAGUCUUCAACUCUUUCCUCCCACCCACCAUCUCAGUCCUUUUCCUCGUACCAUGUCAUCCGCACCCACCACCAACCCCCUUGAUUCGCACUACGCAGCUCGCGCAAUCCGCACCACCCAGAAGCCCACCGCCUUCUUCGGCGAGACGCCCUACGACCUCGAGAGCGAGCUGCCCAUUGCUCUCGCCUCGCUCUCCCAGCAGGCUCAGCCUGCCCAAAAGUCAACACCCAAGUCGCUCAGACGGCAUGGCUCUAUCUUCGCGCACCACGCCUCGCCGUCCUCUUGUGCCUCCGUCUCUUCGAGCGCGUGCUCGAGCACCGACUCCCUUCUCGCGAUGCCACCAGGCCUCGGCUCCCCAAGCUCCGCGUCGCGUAAACCCAAAGGCACACGCCCAGCCUUUCUCAAGCUGAACAAUGCGUCGACGACCGCGCAUCCCGCCUCACCCUCAGACACCUCCGCGCGGUUCAACUUCACGUCUUUCCUCCCCUGCUCCCCUCUGCGCUCGCAAACACGCCCUGCUUCCACGCCCUCGCCCAUCUGGCCCCCAACACCGCACACCGCGCUCCCGAGCCCACCAUGCCCAGAAGUCAUCCGCCAAAAACGACUAGCCAAGCUCUCCCGCACAUUGGGCGAAGAUAUCCCCGCUGAACUCGUCUUCCCGCCUCAGCCGUCGCGGAGGGCAUCCGAGGAGCGUCUGGCACCCGCGCCCGCGCCUGCACCCGCUGCUGCUAGCGCAGUCUCUGCUGCCAAGCGGAAGCAGCGCCGACGGAGCAAGACCCUCGACUUUGGGUCGGGUGGUGCGGUGCCCAGGUCGCCCGCCCCGUUCGAUCCUUACUUCCAGCGUGCGCCGGAGGAUAUACCCCCCGUUCCGGCGCUGCCUGAGGGUGCGAAAGCGAAACGGGAGCAGCCGCAUGAAUGGGUCGGCGAGUGGAACAGGGAUAAUAUUCGGGACGUGCAGAAGGCGCUGCGCCAUUUGCGGCUCUGAGGCGCCUCAGUGCGGUCCCUUGAUCGUUGAUCCCUGUCGUUGGUUUUUGGUUGGAGGCGUGGUGUCUUGGAGCGCUUUGAUGAUAUUUACUUUUACUUUCUUCCCCUUUCCCUUGACCCUUUCUCCCUGUCCCCGUACGAAUGUUCCGAAUCCUCAUGCCAUCACGAAGCCACACUGGCCUACGAAAGAAAAGACUCUCAUCUUAUCCCAUCCCAUCUUAUUUCCCCCCUCAUCGUACACCAUCAUCCUAGUUAUGUUUGUUAGGUUCCAAGGGCUGGCCCACGACGUUGACGCGUACUAAUAUAUCGAUACGAUACCGACCCUAAUAUCUGCUGUCCGCUGCCUUUGUAUACUUCACGCUGUGUAUUUAUAUAGGUACAUAGGUUUUUCUCGGGAAUGUAAUUCUAGA